AUGCCAGCGAGCAAAAUCCUUGAAGUUCUGCCAAGGGAGUAUGGAUAUGUCUGCAUUGUCGUUGUGUUGGGAUUCAUUCUCAACAUGUACCUCACCAUGAAUGUUGUCUCUGCUCGAAAGAAGUAUGGCAUCAAAUACCCUGCUCUGUAUGCUCCUCCUGGCCACAAGCAUGAAGUUGCCUUCAACUGCAUUCAGAGAGCACACCAAAACACACUUGAGACGUUCGCAUUCGUGAUGAUCAGAAUGUUGCUGUGUGGUGUUCAGUAUCCUAUUGCCUCUGCAUUCUUGGGAGCCCUAUGGGUGAUUGGGAGGUUCGUUUAUGGUUAUGGAUACUCCACCGGCGACCCCAAUGAGCGAUUCAAAGGAGGAAUUAUUUCUUUCCUGGCUGACAUGCCUUUGACACUUUUGACGGGAAAGCUUGCCUACGACUUUCUGACUUCAAAGUGA